UUUGGAUGUGGAUAAAGUCUUCGUAAAUCUGCAAGCUCCGAUAAUCAACCAUGGCAACCGUUUCGUCUUUUUCCUCUCCCUCAUGGCCAAACCCUAGCCCUAAUCAUCACUCAGACGAUCACUCCUCUGUAGUCCCCACCGUCGAUGGAAGCGAAGAUUUCUCGUCACUGCUACCACCAAUCAAAACAAACCCUACUCAACAACAGCAAAGUCAGUACACUCACGAAGAGGGCGAUGAUAAUGUUAGGGAUUGGCUUAACCAGUUUCUUCCGGAUAAUGAAGUAGGUAUACACGAUGUAAACGGAUCUUCUCAAGAUCCGGAUCGGGUUCCGGUUCAUGACAGUACCCUAAUUCCACAACCUCACAUGGAGGAUCCAGAUUUCCAUGAACAUGCUUCUCCUCCUCCUCCUUCAGCUCUUUCGCUUCUUCACGUAUCCUUCAAUCAAGAUGACGGUUGUUUUGCUUCUGGUAUCAAUCAUGGAUUUAGAAUCUACAACUGUGAUCCUUUCCGCGAGAUUUUUCGUCGAGAUUUCGAGAACGGAGGCGGGAUUGCGAUAGUGGAGAUGCUAUUUCGUUGCAAUAUACUUGCGUUAGUCGGUGGUGGUCCGGAACCACAGUAUCCUCCCAAUAAGGUUAUGAUCUGGGACGAUCAUAAGAGCCGAUGCAUUGGUGAGCUGUCUUUUAGAUCUGAAGUUCGUGGAGUUCGGCUAAGACGAGACCGAAUCAUCGUGGUUUUGGAACAGAAGAUAUUGGUAUACAAUUUCUCGGAUUUGAAGUUGUUGCAUCAAAUUGAGACGUUUACGAAUCCAAAAGGGCUUUGUGAGGUUUCCCAGGGGUCGAGUAAUUUUGUGCUUGUUUGUCCAGGUCUGCAGAAGGGGCAAGUUAGGGUUGAACAUUAUGCUUCGAAAAAAACAAAGUUUAUUCUAGCUCACGAUUCACGGAUUGCGUGCUUCACUCUGGCACAGGAUGGGCAUAUGAUUGCUACAGCCAGCACCAAAGGAACUCUAAUUCGAAUUUUCGAUACACAUGAUGGGACACUGUUGCAGGAGGUAAGAAGGGGUGCAGAUAGAGCAGAAAUAUAUAGCCUAGCGUUUUCAUCUACAAUCCAAUGGCUGGCAGUUUCUAGUGACAAAGGCACCGUUCAUGUGUUUAGCCUGAAGCCCAGCCAAGGCAUAAUAGACAAAGGCAAGGCUAUUACUGAAUCAUCCGACCAGAAUCACAAUAACAAUACUACCCCUGUUUCUUCGUCAAGCUCGUCUCUCUCCUUCAUUAAAGGAGUGUUGCCUAAGUACUUCAGCUCAGAGUGGUCGGUAGCCCAGUUCCGGUUGGUUGAAGGUUGUCAGUACAUUGUUGCAUUUGGGCACCAAAAGAAUACAGUGGUUAUUAUUGGCAUGGAUGGAAGUUUUUAUAGAUGCAAAUUUGAUCCUACAACUGGUGGGGAGAUGACACAACUGGAAUAUCAUAACUUUGUGAAGCCUGAAAACUCUUUUUAAAACCAAAGACAAAGAGGAGAGGAGAGGAGAGGAGAAUGUGUAAUGCUGAAUGUUGUGUGUUUGUGGUAUAAAACGGUAAAAUUAUCAUAUGUUGGAUCACAUAUGGGUAAAUAAAUUUUGUAAAUAUGUAGGCAAGGCAACGAUUGCUAACUUGUAAAAUGUGGAUAGUAGUACUUAUAUAACUUAUAAGUGGUGUUCAAGGUUGUUCUCAAGUCAUUCAACCUUACAGUAUUUGUUCA